GAUCCUCCUCCUUGUCAGCGGUGUCGGUGCGGCCUGCACCCCGGGCCACGGUCACCCCCACCUCACGGUAUCGGUGAGCAGCCGCCCAUGGGUGGCCCUCAACAGCCAGUGUGGUCUCUGGAUGUCUGAAUGGUGCCGCUGCCACCAUUUCUUGGCGGUGGGAGGACUCUCUGCCCCAUCCCCGGCUGCAGCAAGGGGCUGUGACCAGAGCAGGGUGAUGGGUGGGUUCGUGAAUCGUCCAGCUCGCCCUCGGGCUUUAAAUGCCCGGUGUCCUGGCGGGGGCAUGUGUGGCACUGGUGCAUUUCCUGGGUGGAUUGCCUCUUGCAGCUGCUGCUGGGAGGUGUGGGUCUUGAAUUGCUGUACCCCAUGUGGAAGUGUGGUGAGUGAACAGGAAAAUAGGGGGCACAAACUCUUACUCAACAAACGGAGUUGAUGUGGAUACUCUGAAGGAAGCUUAAAAUAUACCCACCAUGACUGACUCCAAGUAUUUCACGACAAAUAAAAAAGGAGAGAUAUUCGAGUUGAAGGCUGAGCUAAAUAAUGAGAAGAAGGAGAAAAGGAAGGAAGCAGUAAAGAAAGUUAUUGCUGCAAUGACUGUUGGCAAGGAUGUGAGUUCGCUCUUCCCAGAUGUGGUGAACUGUAUGCAGACGGACAACCUGGAGCUGAAGAAGCUUGUUUAUCUCUACCUCAUGAACUACGCUAAGAAUCAGCCUGACAUGGCCAUCAUGGCUGUGAAUAGCUUUGUUAAGGAUUGUGAAGAUCCAAAUCCUUUGAUCAGGGCUCUGGCUGUCCGAACAAUGGGCUGUAUUCGUGUGGACAAAAUAACAGAGUAUCUGUGUGAGCCCCUUCGUAAGUGUCUGAAGGAUGAAGACCCAUAUGUUCGUAAAACAGCAGCUGUCUGCGUGGCCAAACUGCAUGACAUCAAUGCCCAAAUGGUAGAGGAUCAAGGUUUCCUGGAUUCAUUACGAGACCUGAUUGCUGAUUCAAACCCCAUGGUGGUUGCAAAUGCCGUGGCUGCUCUAUCUGAGAUCAGUGAAUCCCAUCCAAACAGUAACCUGCUUGACCUCAAUCCUCAGAACAUUAAUAAACUCAUCACCGCUCUCAAUGAGUGCACUGAGUGGGGUCAGAUAUUUAUACUUGACUGCCUGUCAAACUACAAUCCCAGGGAUGAACGUGAGGCACAGAGUAUCUGUGAGCGGGUGACGCCACGACUCUCCCACGCUAACUCUGCAGUUGUCCUCUCAGCUGUGAAAGUGCUGAUGAAGUUUAUUGAGCUUCUUCCCAAGGAUUCUGAAUAUUACAACACCAUUCUGAAGAAGCUGGCUCCUCCCCUUGUCACCUUGUUGUCUGGGGAACCUGAAGUGCAGUAUGUGGCUUUGAGAAAUAUUAACCUUAUUGUGCAGAAGAGGCCUGAAAUCCUGAAACAAGAGAUCAAGGUGUUCUUUGUGAAAUACAAUGACCCAAUAUAUGUAAAACUGGAGAAACUAGACAUCAUGAUUCGCCUUGCUUCUCAGGCCAACAUCGCUCAGGUCCUAGCAGAGCUGAAGGAAUACGCCACUGAAGUUGACGUUGAUUUUGUCCGGAAAGCAGUCCGUGCCAUUGGCCGCUGUGCCAUCAAAGUGGAGCAAUCUGCCGAACGUUGUGUCAGCACACUGCUUGAUCUCAUCCAAACCAAAGUCAAUUAUGUCGUCCAGGAGGCUAUCGUGGUCAUAAGGGAUAUCUUUCGCAAAUAUCCCAACAAGUACGAGAGCAUCAUUGCAACCUUGUGUGAGAACCUGGAUUCACUUGAUGAGCCAGAUGCACGGGCAGCUAUGAUCUGGAUCGUGGGUGAAUAUGCAGAGAGAAUUGACAAUGCUGACGAACUGCUAGAAAGUUUUCUCGAUGGCUUCCAUGAUGAGAGUACCCAGGUACAACUGACCUUGCUUACAGCAAUUGUGAAGUUGUUUCUCAAGAAGCCAACAGAUACUCAGGAGUUGGUUCAGCAGGUCCUCAGUCUGGCUACACAGGAUUCCGAUAAUCCUGAUCUCCGUGACCGUGGCUACAUUUAUUGGCGUCUGCUGUCCACAGACCCCGUAGCGGCAAAAGAGGUGGUCCUGUCUGAAAAGCCGCUGAUCUCAGAGGAGACUGACCUGAUUGAACCAACAUUGCUGGAUGAGCUCAUCUGUCAUAUUGGAUCAUUGGCAUCUGUUUAUCACAAGCCACCAAAUGCAUUUGUAGAGGGUAGUCAUGGAAUCCAUCGCAAGCACUUGCCAUUACAACUUGGAGGAAGUGAGCCAGAUAGUCCAGUUGGGCCAACAACUACAACAAACUUGACUUUGGAACAGCAGCCUCAAGUUAUUCCAUCCCAAGGUGACCUUCUGGGUGAUCUCUUGAACCUUGACCUGGGUCCUCCUGUCAAUGUACCACAGAUGUCUUCAAUGCAAAUGGGAGCUGUGGAUCUUUUGGGAGGUGGAUUGGAUAGUUUGAUGGGAGACGCAGAACGGCUUGGAGGAGAUCUUGGUGGGCCCACUGGUGGGAGUCCAGCGGUUGGUCAAAGCUUUAUACCCUCUUCAGUACCAGCUACUUUUGGCCCAUCUCCAACUCCUGCUAUGUCAAGCAGUGGUCUGAGCGAUCUGUUCGAGCUGUCAACUGGAAUGGGAAUGGCAGCGGGAGGCUAUGUUGCACCAAAAGCUGUAUGGUUACCUGCAGUGAAGGCCAAAGGUUUGGAAAUUGCUGGCACCUUUUCUCGAAGGCAGGGUCACAUCUACAUGGAAAUGAAUUUCACAAAUAAGGCCUUACAACACAUGGCUGAAUUUGCCAUUCAGUUCAAUAAAAAUAGCUUUGGUGUGAUCCCCACAACUCCACUUCCAAUUCACACUCCACUAAUGCCAAAUCAGAGCAUUGACAUUUCCUUACCACUGAAUACCAUUGGCCCAGUGAUGAAAAUGGACCCAUUGAAUAAUCUUCAGGUGGCUGUGAAAAACAACAUUGAUGUUUUCUACUUCAGCUGUCUGAUUCCACUCAAUGUGCUGUUUGUGGAGGAAGGGAAAAUGGAGCGUCAGGUCUUCCUUGCUACAUGGAAGGACAUCCCCAAUGAAAACGAACUUCAGUUUCAAGUUAAAGACUGCCACUUAAAUGCAGACAUGGUGUCCAAUAAACUGCAGAAUAGCAAUGUGUUUACCAUUGCUAAAAGGAAUGUGGAGGGGCAGGAUAUGUUAUAUCAAUCCUUGAAACUGACCAAUGGGAUUUGGAUGCUGGCAGAGCUGCGCAUUCAGCCUGGGAACCCCAACUAUACGCUGUCAUUAAAGUGCAGAGCGCCAGAGGUAUCACAGUACGUCUACCAAGUCUAUGACACCCUUCUGAAGAACUGAAGAUCGGAACUAGCUCCCCAACCGUACUGGAAGUACCCAUCUUAAUGCACUCCUCUCAACAAAUAUCACUAGCAGUGCGUACUAGAAAUGGAUCAUAAACAAAAUCUACAUUUGGUGUUUUUUUUUAAUGGAAAUGCACUGAUGAAAUGGUGAAACUUAUAAUUAUAUACAUUCAAUAGAAGGUGUCAACUAUAGUCACUUUCAGUGCCGGCAGUUUGUGUUCUUUUGUUUGCUUUCUAAAAACAAAACCACUGUUCAGACCACUAUCUCAAAGUGAUAUUAUUCCUACAGAUAUGUUUGUUCUGUGCCAAGUUUGUUGUGUUUUAUUAACUAAUUUAGACCUGAUGUAUAAUUGGACUAGGUGAUUUAGCAUCUGUGCUAAUCUUCAUGGGAUGUGUCAAAUAUGGAGGAUGGCCAAAAUGUUGGGUGUGUCUUUGAAGCAUUGGGCAUGUCAAGGGAAAAGUACUGCAACUCGAAAUAGUUAAACCCCUGCAGAUACAUUCCCCACAAGAGAAUUUGUUUAUUUAACCAUGUUGUACUUAAUCAAACCUGUACAAAAUUUCCUUUCAAAGAUGCUUACUUUUCUGAUGCAAAAAUCCUGCAGUUUCUUGAAGGAUUUUGUACAUGUGUACCACUUUUCGGUGCGAGUCACUCACAUUAAUCUGAGAUGGAUGGAGUCUUUUAUUUUCGUCUGAACCUCACGUUUAUCACUGAAACCAACUAAUGUCUGACUUCUCCUGAAACUUGCCCAGCAGUAAUGUUGUAUAAUGCUGAAACUUAAGGACCUUCCCACUUGGGAGGGAGGCCUACAUCUCAAAUGUCUCCCAUUUUAAGUGUUUUCUUUACAGUAACAUUUAUUGUAAGCAGCAUCCUAGAUGGUGUCUGCAUGGUCCUCUUAUAAAACGCUCAACUUUGUAGAUGUGUUUGUUGCAAUUUUCCUGAAGCGCUUUUUUUUAAUUCAUCCCCAUUUUCAAUAAACUGUUUGACAAAAUAAUAUCAGUGGUGUGGCUAAUCAGAUGCAAGGUGUCACUACACUGUAUUUUGGUGGUGAUGCAUUGACUGAUUGAUUCUUGCUGUCCCUAAGCUUUUUUUUAUAAUAAUAACUAUCCAUUACGCUAUAACUCAUUUUAUGUUCAUACUUGAACGUGAAUAAAGUGGACUGAACUGUGCAAAGUGUCUUUGCUGACAAUCCAAGAAGAAUGGUAGUUCAGUGUUGUAUUGGUGUGACUGAAUGUUGUAUCAGUAUCAAUUGGAUUUUUACUUUGCUUUCAUCAGUACGUUAGAUGGAUUGACAUGUCUCUCUCUUCAGUGGUUAACUGGACAGCAUGUCAAAAGUGAGGACCAGAUUUAGCUUCAAUGAAUGUAUUCCUUUUCAAGGUAAUCUUCUAUAGCACCGUUAGUCCUAAAAAUCAGGGAGUUGUCUUUACGUGUCCAUAAUGUUGGUAAUUUCAGAGGUUUUUUGUAUUAUGACGAUUGUGCACAAUGUGGUUUGAAGCAACUGUGAUGGUUGUAAUCUCUAUCAAUCACCAGUAGUGCAUGUUUAUUGCAAUCUCAGCAGUGCAAGCAUUUACCAAGCAAUUAAUUCAAUAACGGGGAAACCACGUAAGGGAGAAGAACACAGAUUCCUGUCCUAGAGCAUUUUACCUUUUUCUGUGUAUAAAUAUUUCACAAGGCUUUUGAACCAUUCUUUUGUUUUAUUUUUGGUGUGUCCUUGUAACCUGAUUGAUUCAGUUCUCCAGUGUAUCAGAUGGAACACUGACAUGAAUUCGGGGCUGAGAGUUAUCACUUCAUUCUCAGAUGCUCAGCAUUUUCUGUUUUUGUUUUAUAUUUCCAGCAUCUGCAGUUUUUUUUUCAUUUUCUCAGAGAUGCUUGCUAAUUUCUGGUGGUACAUUGGAACACUUAACUUCAAUGUGUAGAGGGCCUCUGAUCUCCAGUGCAGUAAUCUCCUGUUGUAGGAAGAGAGGGAAAGAUACUGUCAGAGCAAAUGUGGAUUCUCAAUGUGCUGGGUUAGCUGAUCUCAUCCAGGUAUCAGUAGGUCAUCAACUCCGCUGGGCUAGAGGAGUGAGCUGAUGUACCAGGACUGCCACUGUAAAUCACAGCUAGAAGGCUUGUGCCAGAAGAAUGCAUACAAUGCUGUCAGUUGUGAUGAUGGUCAAUUGUGUGUCUUCUAGCCUGCCAACACUCAGUCAUCUAGAGAAUAGGAACUGUGCCUUGCCAAGGAACCAUACUCAGCUUAACUCUGUAUAUUCAGGAAAGAGGUGAAUUGGAUUGGUGCGUUUAUGUGGUGGAAAAAAAUUUUAGUAUGUUGAGGUUUCUACAUCACAGCCUUGAACAAAUCCUUUGGUGUAGAUACCUAGACUUGUUUUGAUAGAACUAAUAGGACUUUCAAUAACGAACUACAUAUUUCACAAUAAAGAUUGUAUCCAGUGGUUAUAAUUCAGUAAUUUUGUAUCUAGUAAUCAAAGCAUGGGAGCUCAAACCUCAUCAUGAUACUUUUGAGAUUGUGAAUUUAACUUAGUAAAAAAAAUCCCAGAAGCUAAAAGCUGGCAUGUUUUAAGAAGGCAUUAGGCCAUUGGAAUAUUCUAAGAACUUCACAGGUUCACUAAUAUAUCGUCUGGAAGGAAACCUGGCUCCUUAACAACUCUGACCUUUACAUGACUAAAACAUAGCAAGCAGUAAACCACUUCAAAAAGAAUAUUCUUAUCUAAUAGUGGGAAUUCCAAUGAAAGCAAUUUUUUCUUGCAUGAUCAGACAGUUGCAGCUGACUCUAUGCUGACCCUUUAUUGCCAAUGUGCUGCUGCUCUAUGUAUGCAAAUACAUAAGCUGCAGUCUAAAACAGUUGAUGUGGACCCUGUAUUAAAAGUGGUUUCCUCAAUAUUUUAUUUUGUGUAUAGCAGUUGUCAGUGUUUCCUGGGGUGGGGGGUGGGGGGGGGGGGUGGAAUAUUGAGUUGAUUAGAAAUUCACAGUUCCACAUUAUGAUAAAAAGGGAUUGCAACAAGGUUCUCUCAGACUCAGGUCAAUUAGGCCAUGUUGGUACACAUCUUAAGGAUAAUUGUGGAACCACUAUCCCCCAAGGUUCAGGGAAGGUUUCCUGCAGGAUUCCUAACGGGAAUGAUGAGCAGCUCAAGAUUAACACAUUUUAGACUUGUUAACAGCUACAGGAUUGGAAUUCAGAUGAAAGGUGGUUGUGUACAAAUUUACUUUUGAACAAUGGUGGUUGUUCUGAUAGAAUAAAAAUCAUUGCUAGAUUAGUUGGGUUGCUACACUUAGGGAACUGAAGGAUACUCUGACCCCGUCACUUCCAUCCCUGAGAAGCUGGUAUACUUAAGAUACUUCAUUCCAUUCUCAAUGCAUUCCAAGUAUUGUAUUACUUGUCUACUGUACUGAUGUGUGAAAUUUCAUUUUCCAAAUUUAAUAUUCCACUGUUAACAUGCUCUUGUGGCUCAUUAUUCUGAUUUCUGAUAAAUUGAUAAAUAAAAUGCUUCUUUGAAUGUUACCAGAUUUAGUAAAAGUUGGUACAUGCAUAUGUGUCCAUUAAAAUCUGGCUUCCCUUGAA